GUUAUGCGGGAGGACUGGAAAAUCCGCGCCGUGUAGCAGUGAAUGAAACCUGCUGUUGAUUCGAUACCAAACACAGUGAGCGCGACCUCGGUGCAGAGCGAGUGACAGUUUCGACGUGUUUAUUCGGCCAGUGAGUGAAAGGGUCGGAAGAAAAGGGGCAUACGGGAGCCUGCAGCCGCUGAACUGCGCAUUUUUUGCUCCUCUCGCGCUGGAAAUGAAAAAGAUCUGCGCGUACAGACUGCUCUCGGUGCUCUCGUGCGUCGGCAUUUGUUUAUUCCUGUUUCUGUUUUGGUUUUUCGUCUUCUACACACUGGUGAUGGCGCCCUAACCACACAACACGGAUUAUAUUAGACACGCCCCUGUGCGUCUUGCGUCACAACGGGACGUGUCGUCACACGCACCCAAUGCGGAAGUGAAGUGUUUUGAUCUCGUGGCAGAAAAGAGCACAGAGGAGUUGGUAUGGCGGCUGCGUCCACAGCUGUAGACUCAGCCAGCCAACAGCUGCAGUUUGCCCCAUUCUGCAGUGCCCUGGAAGCUGGCUUCUGGCACCAGCUGACCCAGAGGAAGCUCAACGAGUACCGUCUGGACGAGAGCCCUAAGAGCAUUAAGGGCUAUUAUUAUAACGGUGAUCCGGUUGGCCUUCCGACUCGACUGACCUUGGAAUUCAGCGCAUUUGACGUCAAGGGGCCCACUCCUGCCAGAUGCUGUCCAGCUGUUGGCACUCUGUACAACACCAACACCUUUGAAGCCUUUAAAUCCUGUGACAAAAAAGCCCUUUUGGAAGCAGCAGCAAGUGAGAUCUGGGAAGCCAUAAAGUCUGAGAAGAGUCUAGAGGACCCAUCCGUCCUGUGCAGAUUUAUUCUGUUGACUUUUGCUGACUUGAAGAAGUACCGCUUCUUCUACUGGUUCUGCUUCCCGGCCCUUUGCUUUUCCGAAGGCAUCCGUAUCCUUCAGCCACCCAUCUCGCUGGAAGAGCGCUUCUCCCCCACACAGAUCGAAGCCCUGCAGGGUUCUUACGAUGAGCUCUGCCAGCGUAGCGGGACCACGGCGGUUCCCUACUUUCUCGUCAAGUACACGGAGGACACGGUGCAACUGGCUCCUCUCCACAGCUGGAGAGACUUCUUCAAAGAGCAGAGGAAGGUGACCAUGGGCGUGUACGACCCCUGCACUCUCUCCCAGCAUCCCGGGUGGCCUCUGCGCAAUCUGCUCAUUCUUGUGGCCUGCAAGUGGGGGGCUCAAGUGGAUAUGGUCGAGGUCCUGUGCUUCCGUGACCGCACCUUGCAGGGCACGCGGUCCAUCCAGCACAGUCUCCUCCUGCAGGUCCAGCUCCCGGAGCUGUCCGUCACUGCAGGACUUCCGAAGAGUGUGGGCUGGGAGAAGAAUCAGAAAGGUGCUAUGGGACCCAGAAUGGUGAACCUCAGUGAAUGCAUGGACCCUAAAAGGCUAGCGGAGUCGUCUGUGGACCUGAACCUCAAGCUGAUGCGAUGGAGGCUGGUGCCCUCACUGGAUCUGGAUAAGGUAGUCUCUACCAAGUGCCUGCUGCUGGGGGCCGGAACCCUGGGCUGCAACGUGGCGCGGACCCUGAUGGGCUGGGGAGUGCGGCACAUCACCUUUGUGGACAACGCAAAGAUCUCUUAUUCGAAUCCGGUGCGACAGCCCCUGUAUGAAUUCGAGGACUGUCUGGGUGGUGGGAAGUCCAAGGCUCUGGCAGCAGUGGAGCGGCUUCAAAAGAUCUUCCCUGGAGUGAAAGCCGAGGGCCACACGUUGAGCAUCCCCAUGCCAGGCCACCCAGUGAACUUCUCGGAGGCCACCAUGGCACAGGCCCGCCAGGAUGUGGAGAAGCUGGAGGCUCUGAUCUCCACUCACGAUGUGGUCUUCCUGCUGAUGGACACACGUGAGAGUCGCUGGCUGCCCACAGUUAUCGCUGCCAGCCAGAGAAAGCUCAUCAUCAAUGCGGCGCUUGGCUUUGACACCUUCGUCGUCAUGCGACACGGCCUGAAGAGACCAAAGGGCAUGGAGUCGGCCGCCUCCAGCCCCUCCUCCGCUGAGCCGAGCCCUGCAUCUGAGACCUGUUCCUCCUCUUCCUCCACUUCUCCAUCAAACCGUGGCGCCGCAGGCUUCCCAGGAUCCUCUCUGUUCUCCAACAUCCCUGGACACAGGCUGGGCUGCUAUUUCUGUAAUGAUGUUGUGGCUCCUGGAGAUUCCACAAGAGAUCGGACCCUGGACCAGCAGUGCACCGUGAGCCGGCCCGGCCUGGCCAUGAUAGCUGGGGCGCUUGCUGUGGAGCUGAUGGUCUCAGUCCUGCAGCACUCAGAAGGCGGCUACGCCAUCGCCAGCAGCAGCGAUGACAGGAUGAACGAACCUCCGACCUCUCUGGGCCUGGUUCCUCAUCAGAUCCGAGGAUUCCUCUCAAGAUUUGAUAACGUCCUUCCAGCAAGUCUUGCUUUCGACAAGUGUACUGCCUGCUCUCCAAUCGUUCUGGAUCACUAUGAGAAGGAUGGCUUCCGGUUCUUGUCCAAAGUGUUCAACUCCUCACAUUCGUUCCUGGAAGACCUGACAGGACUUACUCUGCUACACCAGGAGACGCAGGCCGCGGAGAUCUGGGACAUGAGUGACGACGAAAGUGUCUGAGGCUACAAAAGCACAGCAGGAAGGUGCUGCGCUGGUGAAGACUGCAAUCCAGAGCAAUGGGCUUCCUCCAGUCACACUUCAGACCUCAACUGUGAUCUCAAACCCUUGUGCACAUUGAAUGUUUAAAUGGGUAGAACUAAUUAGCCCCUGUGCAGUUUUUUUUUUUUUUUUAAGUCUUCACUGCAGCCAUAUGAUCCACUAUAAAAAGUGUGUAUUC